UACCAGCGCAACUAUAUACUGUUAUAAAGUGGUCAUAUGUGAACUUUGUGAAGUUUAGCAGUUGCUACCAUAUGUGAAAUUACUGCGAAGGUUGAUAAGAUAAUAACGCCUAGGGAGAAUUUUAUUUUUGUACAGGGUUAGUCGCUUUAGGAGGAAAAGAGGAGACUUUACAAGGAAGAAUUGAACAGUAACUACAAGAUUUUUAUGGAUUUACUGACUUGGGACAGCUCAUUCACUAGGAAUUCAUUUUAAGAAGACAGUAAUGGAGAAAUGUAUAGAGACCUUAAAGGAAAGAAUGAAGGAUGUGGCUCCAAUAGAAGGGGAUGGGGAUUUCUAUCCAAAUGAUACAACCAUUGUAAGAUAUCUUAAGUCACGUGACUGGAAUAUUGAUGAGGCUGAGAAAUUGCUUCGGAAUACAAUAGAAUACAGGAGGCGGCUCAACCUUAUAGACAUUGACUGUAGGUGGUGCCACGAGAGACCAGGGUUUCAUACAAUGCGUCAAGUUGGAUUUGAUGAGAGUGGACGACCAGUGAUCUAUUCUAACUUCAGACAGGCGGCUACACAUAGGUACAGCGCCGAGGACUCAGUAACCCACGUGUCUUAUAUCAUAGAAAAUGCCAAACUUACCAUGAAACCUGGAAUCAGUACUUGGGUGUUUGUGGUUGACUGCUCAGGUAUGACACUUCCAUUGUGCAAUCCCAAACUUGGCUAUGGAGUGACACAGAUACUAGCGGAUCAUUACCCAGAACGGUUAGGAAUGGUCAUUUGUUUAAACCACAAUGCAGUCUUUCACGCCGUUUGGAAAGCUAUCAAAGUAUUUCUACAUGCAAACACUGCUUCCAAAGUGAAACUUGUUCGGCCAAUGUCCAAGGUGAAAGAGACAUUCCAAGAAUAUUUUUCGGACGAAUUAACUAAUUGGUUGCUGGAGGAAAUAAAACUGAAUAAAAAGCCCCCACUUUGUGAUAGCCAGAGACAGUUCUGGGUGCGUCCAGAGAAGGAAGGAUCACAUGAUCCACGUGGAUGCCCAUCUUAUGUGUCCGAGUACGUAGAAAAAUACCUCGAAAAGAAAGAACUAUCUAAACAGCGGAUACAUAAGCCUUUCCCGCCCAUUAUUGAUAGUUUGUUGGGAAAACUUUGUGAUGUCACACCAUGUUCUCCAAUCGAAGACGUGUCUUCCAGUGACGUCAGCAGGACGAGUAGUGAUGAAGGAGAGUUUGAUAUGGACAAGGUGGAUGAAAUUGAGAUUCCAGACAAGUUUAAAAUUGAAAGUAGUGCGUUUAAGCAAAGUUCCGUAUCUUAAAUCGUGUCGUUUUCUUGGAUCGACAAGGAAUUAAAUGAAACUUGUAUCCUUCAAUGCAAUUUUGUUGGUUGUUUACUGAGAAUAAUUUGUUGAAUGUUGAUAAUAUUGUAAGAUUAAAAAUAUAUGUUACUAAA